CCUGUUAUUGAAGGAGUUAAUUGAAAAUACAUUUGCCUCCUUCACCGUCCCUAAUCCGUCUAAUUAUUCUUUUUAAACGGAUUAUCACGGUAACGUCAAUUUCGACGGUUGAUAGUCUCAGAGCGUAUGUGAGAUGCCUCGUGGAAACUUUCGUCUGUGGAUUGCCUUUGCGAUCAUUUUCGUGAGGACGUAUGGGAAAAUCGAUGAUCUUCCAACUGGGACCGAUUCGGUUCAGAACUUGGAAAAGAUUCAGAACAUUACAAAAGCCGGACUAAAUAUUCUGUUGGAUAAACGCAAAGAGACCAUCGUCCUCAUCCGUGACUGCGCCGUCCAACUGAGCGACUGGUCGGCCAACCAGACCUACAUCGCGAUCGUCAAAGACUUGAACCGGUUCAAGGAGGAAUUGAGACAAUUGAAUUCUGUGGAACCGAGCAGGGUGCUCGAUGAGUUCGACUCGAACCUCUGGUUCAAGCCAGAGUCAAGGAAUUUGUACAACGCCAUCGGACAGUACGUUCUCAUCGUUGACUUUUUCAAAGACGCGCUCCAACGUUAUACCGAGAGCGAUGAAGAACUGGGAACGGUCAUGUGGGCCAAGGUGAAAAAAUUCGUGACCAGACCGUUCAACUUUCUAGGGACUAUGUCUGACGACUUGGAAGCCGAGCUGAGCCGGUAUUCAGUGAGGAAUUAUUCAAUCACCGGCCAUCCUAUCGAGCAGGACAUGGCCAGCUGCAGGAACGAAAUCUCCUUUUACCACUUCUGCGCCUCGAAAAUGGACGACGAAGGGCAGCGUGACAUCAUCGACGUCCUGUUCUACAAGAUGUACCGUUUGAGAAGAGACCUCAACUUAACGUACGACCAGAAAAACAAGAAGCUGGCCCGACACAUCAACAACGAAUUCUGGUUAUCGCAACCAUCGCUUAUCAACGUCGACAAUGCGUUCAGGAAGUACCAUCUGCUGUACAACUUCUUCGACAAUCACCUUCUCUACCCAGAUGACGACAGCGACCUAAAGACGCCGUACUGGAAGAGGAUAAUCAGGUUUUUGAAAGAACCUUCUCAUUUUUCAUCCGUCGUCACCGGUUUCGAGGUCGACCCUUGCAAAUACGGCAACGCGCUGGAAUGUCUCAAAAGCCAGAUACAGAAGAGGAGGAAGCUGGCCGGUGCUUACUACUCGUGCGCACUCCAGUUCGACAGGAAAAAGCAAUUAGGCAUCAUAAAAAGGAUCGGAGAUUUUAUGAUACGGCUGAUGAAUGACAUGGACAAGAUUUAUCUGACUGAGAACGAGCGGAACAGGGCGCUCCACAAGUCUCUUGACGAUCAUUUUUCACCCGGGCAGCCGACCGAGGUGAUCGUGUCGUUCAAAAAGUACGAGUACCUUCUUGACUUCUUCGAACUCAUGAUUAUCGACGAUUUCACGAUUUUAGAGGCCCCCUAUUGGAAGAGGGUCAGAGAUUUCGUCAACGACCCGUUUGUAUUUCCAGGAGUGCUUUAUAAAGAGACGGACGUAGGCCUCGUCGAAUCGUUGAAGGCCGAACCUUUAACAUAUUACGACUCGCCGGUCGUAGCGCAGAAAAAGGACCUGUACAAGAAGAUUCAGAAGAGGAUCGGGCUGAUCAGAGCGUACCUGGCCUGUCUCAGAGAUUUCGACGACGAAAAGAAGUUCAAUUUGACCAAGUCGGUCGGUGACCACCUCAACUCCCUUAACGACCAUGUCGACUGGGCUCUCUCUCAGCGGUACCUCAUACCUCGAAUCCACCUUUCCAUCCCCGCCCGGGUCUCCAAUAAGGGCAAAAGCGUCGAAGAGAUUCUCGAGCGCUACAAAUCCCUGCUAUAUUUCUUCUCGUUGACACUGCAGGGCGAGACGACUUCACCGACAGCGCUGAGCAGCACAUUUUGGUCAAAGACUGCGGAAUUAGUGACCCGACCGUUCUUUCAAAAAUGAGGAAGGACCGCGAAAAGACCACGGGCCGAAAGUAAUCUCUCAGCUCUCAUAUACACAUCCAUAUGCAAUUUUUGUUCCAAUUAAUAAAAGCUUAACAAUUA